UAAACAUUCAACUAUUUUCAUUUUGAAAGUGUUCACGCGUCACAAGAUUAAUUUCCAACCGUCGAUCGUAACCCCACUCAUCCCAAAAACCUCCAAUCUAACGGCCUAUUCAUCUACUUCACCCCCCUUCCCUGCCUCAAACCAGUUACCAAGCCCUCAGAUCAAACACACCCAAACAGAGUACUACUUUUCUAGAGAGAGAGAGAGAGCGAGAGGGAUUGCAGCGAUGGAGAAGGAGAGAGAGCAACAGGUUUACUCGGCCAGACUUGCAGAGCAAGCCGAGAGAUACGAUGAGAUGGUUGAAGCAAUGAAGAAAGUUGCUAAAAUGGAUGUGGAACUCACUGUGGAGGAGAGGAAUCUGGUUUCAGUUGGGUAUAAGAAUGUCAUUGGGGCAAGAAGGGCUUCCUGGCGGAUAUUGUCUUCUAUUGAACAGAAGGAGGAGGGCAAGGGGCAUGAACAAAAUGUGAAGAGGAUAAAGGAAUACCGACAGAGGGUUGAAGAUGAACUUGCAAAGAUAUGCAAUGACAUAUUGGCUGUCAUUGAUGAGCACCUCCUCCCAUCAUCCUCAACAGGAGAAUCAACUGUUUUCUACCAUAAGAUGAAAGGAGAUUAUUAUCGUUAUUUAGCUGAGUUUAAAGCUGGAAAUGAUCGUAAAGAGGUGGCAGAUCAGGCACUGAAGGCUUACGAGGCUGCCAUUGGAACUGCUUCAACAGAGCUGACCCCUACUCAUCCAAUCAGACUUGGCUUGGCUCUGAACUUUUCUGUUUUUUACUAUGAGAUUAUGAAUUCCCCUGAGAGGGCUUGCCAUCUGGCUAAACAAGCAUUUGAUGAGGCCAUUGCUGAACUUGAUAGCCUCAAUGAAGAUUCCUACAAGGACAGCACUCUUAUAAUGCAGCUUCUUAGAGAUAACCUUACAUUAUGGACCUCAGAUCUGCCGGAAGAGGGAGGUGAGCAGUCUAAAGGUGAAGAACCUACAGCGGAGAAAUAGUGGGUGGCGUUUAGGUGGUGGGCUUGUUGACGAGGGAUGCAGAGUGGGAAAAUUCUUAUGUUAUUACCAUCACGGAACGAUUAGGGAGUAAUUGGCUUGUGUAUUUUAUGGCUUACAUAAUGUUUUUAAGGCUAUCACUGAUGUCUACUUUGAUAAGUUUAUUGCUAUUGUGGUUGGUUGUGAACUCGACUCACUAUUUUAUUGUUUCUGAGCCUCUUUUCGAGUCUACUUUGUUCAGAUCA